AUGGAGAUCAGCCUACUGACGCUGGGGCUGGUGGUGGGCGCCCUGGUGAUGGCGUACCGGUUUUUCACCAAAAACUACUUCUAUUUCGCGAACAAGCCCAUACAGUUUCUGAAGCCCUCGUUCCCGUUCGGUAACCAGGGUGCGCUGAUGAUGGGGAAGGUCACAAUAUUCCAGCACGGCCGCGUGUUGUACGAAGCGUUCCCCAAUGCCAGAGUCUUCGGCAUGUUCCACCUCCGCCAGCCGGUAUACUUAGUGCGGGAUCCGGAAAUGAUCAAACAAAUAACGGUAAAGGAUUUCGACCAUUUUGUCGACCACAUGGCCACCGGUUUGGACGAUAACACUAACGAGGAGAUGUUGCUGCCGAAUUCGCUCAUCUCACUGCGUGGCCAGAAGUGGCGAGAUAUGCGGGCCACCCUCAGCCCGGCGUUCACCGGCAGCAAGAUGCGCAUCAUGUUCGGUCUGAUCGCCGAGUGUGCUCACUCAAUGAUGGCCCACUUCUGCGAGGAAGAAACCAAGGCACGAGCCAACGGCCACGCUGGGCUACAGCUGGAGAUGAAGGACGUGAUGAGCCGGUUCGCUAAUGACGUCAUCGGGACGGCCGCGUUCGGCAUCAAGGUGGACUCGUUCCGUGAUCCGCAGAACGAGUUCAUCAGCAUGGCCCGCUCGAUCACGAACCAGGAGAACCUGUGGAAGGCGGUGAAGCUACUCGGCUUUACCUUCUUCCCGAAGCUAAUGUCCCGGCUGAAUAUCGACUUCCUGUCGAAGGAGGAAGAUCGGUUCUUCCGCGGGACCAUCACGGAGACGAUGCGCGUGCGCGACGAACAGCAGAUCUUCCGGCCGGACAUGAUCGAGCUGCUGAUGCAGGCGAAAAAGGGCAGCCUCAAGCACCAGCAGGCGGACGAGCCGCAGGUGGCGGCGGAAGGAUUUGCGACGGUCGAGGAGUCGCAGAUUGGCCGCCGGGCCCAUGAUCGCCGCUGGACCGACAGCGAGCUAGUGGCGCAGGCUUUCAUUUUCUUCUUCGCAGGCUACGAAACCAUCUCCUGGACUAUUUCGUUCGCCCUGUACGAGCUGGCGAUCGCCGAGGACAUCCAGCAGAAGUUGUUCCUAGAGCUGAGGGAAGCGGAAUCAUCGCUGGGCGACGGAGGUGAGGAUAUUUCCUACGAAAAGUUACAAUCCCUACGCUACCUGGACAUGGUCGUGUCGGAGACGCUACGCAAGUGGCCCAUCGGCACGCUCCUGAACCGGGAGUGCGUGCGGGACUACGAGUACGACGAUGGCAACGGAACCAAGUUCACCAUCGAGAAGGGUAUGGCGGUGUUCAUCUCCGUCAUCGGUAUGCACUUCGAUCCGAAGUACUACACCGAUCCGGAGCGAUUCGAUCCGGAGCGGUUCAGCGAGGAGAACCGCAAAAACAUCCAGCCCGGCACUUACAUACCGUUCGGUGUUGGACCCCGGAACUGCAUCGGAUCCCGAUUCGCGCUGAUGGAAGUGAAGGCAGUCCUGUACUAUCUGCUAAAGCAGUUCCGGGUGGUUCCGUGUGCCAGGACGCAGAUUCCUUUGCAGUUGAAAAAGUCGGCCACACAGUUUGCCACCGAACAUGGCGUAUGGCUUGAGUUCCAGUCCCGAGCGUCGUGAAGACGAACAAAUAGAAUCUUAGUAACCGUCAGAAGAAGUAUCUAUCUUUAUCACCAAGUUAGGAUUUUAGAAGAUAAUCAGACAAUAAAGGAACCCACACAC